AUGGGACGGUCUCAGGUAAAGUAUCGUACGACCCAUGGACGACGAGGCCGAGGAAGAGGAGCACGGAAUGGUGACGCAGGAGAGCGCACUGAAGCAUUGAAGAAGACAAGACCGUCACACUUGAGAAAUUUAAACUCUAAUGCGUAUCGUUUCGAAGAAAAAGAGGCACAAGACGAUGAACAAGUGGCAGUUAAUGAAUCACAAGACCAACGAAUGCAAUUCUUUGCUUCAGAACAACAAUAUCGAGACAAAAGGGGGUCUACACGUGAUGAAUACUAUCAGAGCCGUGUCAUGAAGCAGUGGGAAGAGAAGGAUGAGGGUGCAAACGACGACGGAGCUAUUGGAGUGCUGGACUUGAAAUGGAUUGCUUCACAAUUGGAACUUGUGCCUCCAGAUGUUUGCUACCGGUUGGAUCCAAAAUAUUGUCCACAAGAUGAAAAUGACAAGCAAUGUGAUCAACUUGUUGUUGCUACAGAGAAACCGAGUGCCGCAGCUCCUGCCAUAGUUUUGUCGAAACCUGCACAAGGGGACGACGUGUUGGACUUUUUGCUAAAUCUGAGCGCGUCAACAUCAAGCGAAGUCAAACUUACCCCUACACCGUUAGUCCCUCUAAGUGCAUCAUCAGCUCCAACCAGGACUGCAACUGAAAGUAAGCAGCUUGAAGAUUGGCUAGACGACGUGUUGGACAUGUAA